UGACAUAUGAUAUACAAUGGUAGCAUACUAAGGGAAAGUGAAAACUUACUUCUGUACUUAGGAGAGACAUGAUGCUACCUUUUUCACUCUUGCAAGAAGGGGUUUUCGAUGAUAUUGACACAUCUGAUUGCCGUUAUUUACUUUUGACAAUAAAUGGGAGAUGAGAUUGAGGGGAAAGUUGGAGAUGCCAAGCUCAGAGACAGGACACUGGGAUAUCGAGGUUGAAAUUCAGCCUUUGUCCAUCAUUAUUGGUCUUCGAUCGGUCCCACUGUGAUGUUUGACACCUGUUGGAUUUUAUGAAGAGAACAUUAAUAACAACACGAGAUGCAUUUUAGGGACUAAAGGAACAUGCAAAACAUCGGAAGUUUGCGAAAAGUGACUUAAUCUUUGACGCAGUUUAUAGCAAUAUGGAUUGGAAAUUAACAUCUCAGACUAUAUGUUGGGUGUGUUCGCUGGCCCUUUUGUUUGUAUUUCUCUCAUUGUAUGCCUCUCUCAACGACUGGGAUUCCUUCAAGCCAGAACCUUUUUUUCUUGAACAAAGUUUUUCGAAUAUGAGCUAUGUUUCUGGGGAAAUCUACAGACAACGAGACAAGUUGACGAUGUCAAGCGAGUCUGGAGGUGCCGACGUUGACGUCGAACUUUCGUCUUUUACGGAGGAAGGGAGUAAUAAAACAUUAGAUGAGAUGUUAAUACAAAGUGUUGACGAUGAUGAAGAUGAGCCAGCGGCACCCCGUGAAUCUUUGAAUACAUCUACUGAAGAUAUGAUGUCAUUAAAUGAGACAGUCCCUCCCAAAUAUGACCCUCAAGUCUUUGUUGAUCUUUACAAAAAUAGGACGAUCACUGAUCUAGGAAAAACCAAUCCACCACCAGUCAUCAUCAUCAUGGCCCAAUGGCGGUUCGGUUCAAGCGUCUUCGGAGAGCUCUUCAAUCAGAACUCGGAUCUAUUUUAUCUGUUUGAGCCAUUGUUUGCCACUAAGGAGUUACGAAAAAUAAAAGACAUUGGAUUAUAUACACCGGAGAGUGAACAACUUUCUAGGAGUAUCUUGAGGAAAAUGUCAAAGUGCAAUUUUGAUCCCGGUUUUGUGAGUGCGUUAGAUCAUUGGAACGGGAAAACUAAGAACAAAGCGAUAUGUAAAGCAUCGCAAAAUUGUAAGAUAAUAUCUCCGAGCUGGAUGAGUAGUUUAUGUCAUAAAUACAAAGGCCAAAUUGCCACGAAGUUGAUCAGAGUUAAUUUAGAACUCUUAAGACCACUCGUUGUCGAUGAUCACAUCAAUCUUAAAAUCGUCCACUUAGUAAGGGAUCCGAGAGGCUCUGGAUUGUCACGGAUAAAAUACCGUCUUAGUGAUAUGAAAAUCGCUCCAACAGUCCGUUCUCAAUUCCCCCAAACCGGACGGUUAAAACCUUUAGAACUUUUAAGUGUCACCCCUGAAACAAGUCAGACUAUUCGAGGAAUGUGCACUUGGAUCAGAAAUAAUGCAAUCGUUUCACCCAAUCGUCUACCUGCUUGGUUGCAUGGUCGUUACUACCUGGUCAGGUACGAAGACUUUGCGGACACCCCUCUUAAGAUCACCAGAGACCUUUACAAGUUUGUAGGAAUCCCACUCAAGAAGGAAGUUAGCGAAUGGGUGAUCAAGAAUACGCAUGUGGAUGACAAAACGAAACUUCAUGGAUUAAAUAAUAAAUUUUCAACUCACCGAGAUUCGCAUGUGGCAGCUACGCAUUGGAUCAAAGACCUCACUAAACUGGAAGUCAAGCAGAUAGAGGAGGAAUGCAUGGAUGUUUUAGAGCUAAUGGGUUACCAACCCUACAACAAAAUUAUGCGCGAAAUAUAACGAGGUGAUCUGUGAAAUUAUGUUUGCACUGACAUGGCUGACAUUUUUUUUAUAAUUCAUCCCAAGAAUCAUUCUUAAAACAACUCAUCUGCUGCUCUCGAAUGUUCAAUUUACGCAUUAUUACAAAAUUAAAUUUAAAUUCUUAUCUAACUUCCGUCCGUUUAUGAUAAUGCAUUUAUUUGUGUUCCUGUGAUAAAAGUGCCCAUCGACUGUGAGAGAGGGUAUAACUUGAACGAAUUAAAAAUGAAAUAAGAUUGAUAGUCUGAGAUAUAUACGCCUGUAUAGUAUUGUAUGAAUGAAAAGUAACCAAUAAUUUUAUUUCCUGGAAAACGUGGAUAUGAUCAUUCCAUUGGAAAAUCUCUUAAGAGAUUUCGAAUUCUUUAAAGACAUACUGUAGAGCACAUGUACAUCUAUACUUAGAUACAUUUCCGCUUAUCCGCCUAUAAAUGAAUUAAGAUUUCGGGGUGAAAAAGGCGAAAUUAAUUUUUUUUAAUGCAGUUGCCGGUACCCCCUCCCUCUCUCUUUCUGAUACAUUUUAAAUAUCAUUCAUCAAAUAAAUUUUGAGUCGACGAUAUCCUCCAGGCAGGGCCAAACACAGACAGUGUCAUGAUUUUUUUUUUAACUUGAUCAUUUCAAAGUACUUCCCGAUCAUGUCUACAGUUCAAUAUACUGCAUUAUCAUAUGAAGUGCAUAUUAUUAUCAUUAUUAUCAUAUUAUUAUUAUUAUU